UACAAUUCAAUUACUAUUUCGCUACCAGCCAAAGUCAAAGAUAGUCCGUCCCCCCACCCCUCUCUCUCUCUCUCUCUAAAACUAUCCCCAUUUUCUCUCUCUACAAAUCAGAUCGAUCUCCUUUUCCGGUUACACAUGUCGGACGCUUUGAUCAAUGGACUCUCCGGAGCUGGUGGAGGAAUCAUUGCUCAGCUCAUCACAUAUCCUCUCCAAAUGGUAAAUACGCGUCAACAAACGGAAAGAGACACGAAGAAAGAGAAGAGGAAGCUUGGGACUAUAGAACAAAUGUGUCAGGUCGUUAAGGUAGAGGGGUGGGAUCGGCUGUACAGUGGCUUAACACCGUCGCUGGUUGGUACGGCUGCGUCUCAGGGUGUUUACUAUUAUUUCUAUCAAAUAUUUAGGAACAAAGCUGAAGCUACCGCUUUUGAUCGUAAAAGGAAAGGGUUUGGUGAUGGAUCAGUUGGGAUGUUCUCAUCACUUGUGGUGGCUGCUUUAUCUGGGUGCGUGAAUGUGCUGCUGACUAAUCCUAUAUGGGUGGUUGUUACUCGAAUGCAGACUCACAAAAAGAAAUCCCAACCCCAUCAAACUCCAUACAUUGCUUCAGACGAAGCAAUUUUGGCUGCAGUAGAGCCUCCUCCCUAUGGUACUGACCAUGCGAUUCGAGAAGUUUAUGAUGAAGCUGGAGUUGUGGGAUUCUGGAAAGGCGUUUUACCAACAUUGAUCAUGGUGAGCAAUCCUUCCAUACAGUUCAUGCUGUAUGAAACCCUAUUGAAAAAGCUAAAGGAAAGGCGUGCCUUGAGUAAGAAGAGUAACAAUGGUGUAACUGCUUUGGAGAUAUUUCUGCUUGGAGCUUUGGCAAAGCUGGGAGCCACUGUUGUAACGUAUCCUCUUCUGGUUGUCAAGUCAAGGCUUCAAGCAAAGCAAGUUACUAGUGGAGACAAAAGACAUCAUUAUAAAGGCACCUGUGAUGCUAUCGUGAAGAUGAUUCAGUAUGAAGGGUUUUAUGGCUUUUACAAGGGGAUGAGCACAAAAAUUGUACAAAGUGUUCUUGCAGCUGCUGUUUUAUUCAUGGUGAAGGAAGAACUUGUCAAGACGACUCGGUGGUUGUUAACAAAGGAUGCCAUUAAUACAGUGAGAUAACCUCCAUGAUUAGACCUGCGCGCGCGCAUGUUCAUGCGUGUGCACUGUGCCCGACAAUGUUUGGGGCGUGGGGGUGUCAUUGGGUCACAAGUUCAUUGAUAGUGGAAUACCUGCAUGAACAGAUUCUCUCAUUGCUGAAUGGGAUAUAAUAGGAUUUGUUGGGGAAUAAUACGAAGCGUUCUUUAAUUAGGUGAUAUUUCAUGAUGGUAUGUACUCAUUUUAAUUUUUGAACAUUGAUCAUUCACCAUGCAUUAGAAACUACACGUGUUUUCUGUUUGGUACUGAAUGAAUUUCUGUGAUUCUUGAGGCAUAACUCGGUUGAAGUUGCUUGGGCAUAAUUAUUAUAGAUGUGAAGUUCUGUUGUAGUUUUGGUAA